AAGUAGUGCUGGAGCUAGAGUGGGACGGGUUGGGCUGGGCUGGCAGCGAGCAUGGCCGCGGCGGGCAGGGUGCUGGUGUACGGGGGUAGAGGCGCGCUGGGGUCCCAGUGCGUGCGGUACCUCAAGUCCAGGGACUGGUGGGUGGCCAGCAUCGACCUGGCGGAGAACGAGGACGCCAGCGCCAGCGUGGUGGUGAGGAUGACCGACUCUUUCCCCGAGCAUGCUGAGCAGGUGACAGCAGAGGUUGGAAAACUCCUUGGUGAAGAAAAGGUGGAUGCAAUCUUGUGUGUAGCAGGAGGAUGGGCUGGAGGCAGUGCCAAAGCUAAGUCUUUAUACAAAAACUGUGAUCUGAUGUGGAAGCAGAGUGUUUGGACAUCGACUAUUUCCAGCCACCUAGCCACAAAACAUCUGAAAGAAGGUGGCCUCUUGACUUUGACAGGAGCUCAAGCUGCUUUGUCUGGAACCCCAGGGAUGAUUGGCUAUGGCAUGGCCAAAGGAGCAGUGCAUCAGCUGUGUCAGAGUUUAGCAGGUCCCAAUAGUGGCCUGCCGUCUGGGUCUGCUGCUGUUGCCAUUUUACCGGUUACCUUAGAUACACCAGCAAACAGGAAAUCAAUGCCUGAUGCAGAUUUCAGCUCCUGGACACCCUUAGAAUUCAUUGCUGAAACCUUUUAUGACUGGAUAACAGGAAAGAAUCGGCCAAACUCAGGAAGCCUAAUCCAGAUGGUGACUACAGGAGGGAAGACUGAACUAGUUGCGGUAGCACAUCUUUGAUGUAAGCCUCUUAAGGUGGUGGAACUUCAGCAGAGGAGAAGCUAUGGGAAGUCUGUGUGCCACUGAUUUGGGUGGUCUUCUAUAUUCAUUAGUUAUGUCAUUAAUAGAACCAGUUUUCAAGUAAUAUUUGUGUGCUGCCAGUGUGAUCUGUCAGCAUUUGUUUACCAACAAGUAUCAUGUAUUUGUCUCUAAAUGCAAGUUGCAGGCUUGAAAGUCUGUGUGUGUCCUAAUUCUGAGCAUUGUAUGCUGACUUGCCUGUUUUCUCUGAAAUGGGAACUGUGCUUAAUUAUGUCAUGUAAUCACACACAUAAUGGUUGGAUUGUUUUUUUUCUCGGUCAGUAAGUGUUCCUGGCAACUUCCUGUGAAACUUCCAGUAGUCUGUGUCUUUGUCAGGAGAUUUAUCCCUGCCCCUGGAUAUUGUGUUGGCUGUAACAGCACGAAACAUUGCAGUAGGGUAUAAUGUCUUAGUCUGGUAACAUUUUUCUUGUCAGUGUUUCACUUAAGUUAACGGAACUCUGUAGAGAAUACUCACCUGAGAAGGAGGUUUCUAAUUUGCCUUACAGCUCAUAAGCUGCUGUCAGUCAUUCUGUCAAAUGAUUAGUAUGUCGUUGUGUUAGUCAUGAUGGUUCUUUACUCUUCCAAGAAGCAAAGUGCCAUAAAAAAGUACUAGAAAAAUAUAUAUACACUUCUAUUUGAAUAGGGAUUUUUUUUUGUGCUAAAUAAAUAUAUAUUGUUUUA